GUAUACAUUCACAAGAAAAAACACACACACACACAAUACUGUGUGUUUUCAUUUCAAUCAAAAAAACACACCAAUGUCCUCCAUUUCAACUUGCACUCAUCAAAACGAUGAUCAACAAUCACCAAGAUCAUCAAGGGUCAUGAAGUUGAUUCAUCAAUUUACAUCCAACUUAAAAACCGGCGGUCUAAACCGGUCAAAAAAACCGGCCCAAGUUCAUGCUUUGACAAUAAACUCCAUUCUUUCUUCUUCUUCAUCAAAUCUUGAUGAAACGACACCGUUUCAGACCCAUCUCGAAAAUGUAAGUAAAUCUUGUAAUCUUCCAUAUGGGUUACCUUAUUUUGAGCUAAUUGAGCCAAAGAUUAGUGCUUUUUUACACCCCGUUGACUUUGUUGACUCGUUUUCAAAUCUUUACAAAAGGGUUAGUUUGUGUUGUGGGUCGGAUAUUGAAUGUUGUAUGUUGUAUUUGGAACAACACGCGCUUAUGGGCGCGUUGGGUGAUCCUAAGUUGAGUAGAAAGAGCUUACAAUGUGCUAGAGAACAUGCUUUGGUUGUACAUUAUAAGGUUGUUUUGUCUGCUUGGUUACGGUAUGAUAGACGAGAAGACGAUCUUGUCGGUGUUUCGUGUUUGGAUUGUAUUGGUAAGUUUGUUGAAUGCCCGAAAUCUAGUUUGGUUUCGGGCUAUUGUAGUUGUGUUUGUAGAGAUAAUGUAGAAGGUAAUAGUGAUAAUUGUUUAGUUGUUAAUAGUGAUAAUUGUGGGUUUGAUGAUGAUAUUGAGAUUGUUGGAUUUUGGAUUGGAAAUGAUGUGGUUAAUUGCGUUAGGCGAAAAAUAGGUUUGUUAUCUAGCCCGUUGAAUACUUUGUUAUAUGGUAGUUUUGUGGAAUCUGGAAAGGAAAGUAUUGAUUUUUCAUGGAUUGGGAUAUCGUUGGAAGGAAUGAGAGGUGUGGAGGUUUUUAGCAGGACGAAAAAGUUAGACUUUGUUUCUCCGAGUAUAGUUUUGGAGAUUUUGUCGUUUUCGCAGAAGUUUUGUUGUGAGGAAAUGAAAUCCGCUUGUGAGGUUUAUUUGGCGUCGUUGGUAUCUAGUGUUGAUGAAGCGUUGAUUUUUAUAGAGUAUGGGUUUGAAUACAAUGCAAGUCUUCUUGUUGCUUCUUGCUUACAGGUUGUGUUAAGGGAGCUUCCGAGUUCUUUGAAUAAUACGAAAGUUUUAAGCUUGUUUUGUAGUGUUGAAGCUAUGGAGAAGUUAAGUAUGGUUGGUCAUGCAUCGUUUUUGCUGUAUUAUUUUCUUAGUCAAGUGGCGAUGGAGGAAAAGAUGACAUCAUCGACUGCAGUUAUGUUGUUUGAAAGAUUAGUCGAUUGUGCAACUGAAAAAUGGCAGAAAAUACUUGCAUUUCAUCAGUUGGGUGUUUUGUUAUUCGAAAGGGAAGAAUAUAAAGAAGCCCAAAGUUGUUUCGAGACAGCAUUUGAGAUGGGUCACACUUAUUCUGCAACGGGUGUUGCUAGAGUGAUGUAUAAACAAGGAAAGACGUAUCUAGCACGUGAUCUAAUCAAUAAGAUUUUAUCAGAGUGUAAACCGAAUGGAUGGAUGCAUCAAGAAAGAUCUUUAUACAAUCUUGGAAGUAAAAAGAUACUAGAUUUGGAAGAAGCUACUAAACUAGAUCCUACACUUGCAUACCCCUAUAAAUACCGAGCUAUAUCAUUGGUGAACAAGAAUAUGGUCAAUGAAGCUAUUCAAGAAAUCAAUAAGAUAAUCCGAUUUAAGGUGUCUCCUGAUUGCCUUGAAUUACGAGCAUGGUUUUACCUUGUUCUUGAGGAUUAUCCAUCUGCUGUGAGGGAUAUUCGAGCAUUGCUAAGUUUGGAGCCUUAUUACAUGAUGUUUCAUGGUAAGAUGAGAGGUGACUACUUGGUAGAGGUCUUGAGUCAAAAGAUGCAAAAAUGGAGUCCUGCUGAUUGCUGGUUACAGCUUUAUGAUCGGUGGUCUUGUAUAGAUGAUAUUGGCUCGCUUGCAAUUGUACAUCAGAUGAUGGCUCAUGAGCCCGGGAAGAGUGUUUUGAGGUUCAGGCAGUCUUUACUUCUUUUAAGAUUAAACUGCCAAAAGGCGGCUAUGCGCAGCUUGAGAUUAGCUAGAAAUCUUUCAACAACGAAUCAUGAAAGACUUGUCUAUGAAGGGUGGAUCUUAUAUGACACUGGUUAUCGUGAAGAAGCUUUAGCUAAAGCAGAAGAGUCUAUUUCUAUCCAGAGAUCAUUUGAAGCUUAUUUCCUUAAAGCAUAUACACUAGCAGAUGCAUCUUUGGAUGCAGAUUCUUCUUCUUAUGUUAUACAACUUCUUAUUGAUGCUCUCGGAUGCCCUUCAGAUGGACUUCGUAAAGGACAAGCAUUAAAUAAUCUAGGAAGCAUAUACGUGGAUUGUGGGAAGCAUGAUCUUGCUGCAGAUUGUUAUGUAAAUGCACUCGAUAUAAAGCAUACAAGAGCUCAUCAAGGGUUGGCGCGUGUAUAUUCCCUAAUAGAAGAAAGAAAAGCUGCAUAUGAUGAAAUGACAAAACUCAUAGAGAAGGCCGAAAAUAGUGCAUCUGCGUACGAAAAACGGUCAGAAUAUUGUGACCGUGAAAAUGCUACUAGUGAUCUAUGUAUGGCUACCCAGCUAGAUCCUCUCAGAACUUACCCAUACAGAUAUAGAGCCGCAGUGUUGAUGGAUGAACAAAAAGAAAGCGAAGCUGUUGAAGAACUCACGAAAGCUAUAUCUUUCAAACCUGAGCUACAAAUGCUUCAUCUCAGAGCAGCGUUUUAUGAGUCAAUGAGUGACUAUAAUUUAGCCCUUCGGGAUUGUGAGGCAGCACUCUGUUUGGAUCCCAAUCACAAGGAGACUCUUGAGCUCUAUCAUCGAACACAAAAACUAGCUGUUGAGUGUAUAUGAGUUAGAUUUACACUUCUCAUGGAACCCAUAUAUGUGCCUUUUUCGUUCAUCGUCUAAAGAGGAAAUGAAGAGCCCUCCAUUGGUUUACCGCCACAGCUUUGUGGCCACUAUGUAUGAAAGGAGGGACUUCCAGAGGCAGAUCGUGUAACAGAUAUGAAAGAACAAGAAAAUCAGAAUCAAGGAGUUCAUAGGGUAUGAUCCGAGGAACAUGUUACAAGAAGUUGACCAGGUUCAAAAGAGAGAGUUGGAAUUUCUCACUUAUGGCCCCCAGAGUCGUGUUGUAAGUUGUGAAGUCAUUGUUUGUUCAUAAAUUCUUGAAUGAUGAAAGCUUCUGUAUAUCAGGGCAAACGCUAUACAUAUUUCACUCCUGUUUCUUUUGGGUAGAUGUAGCAAAAUGGGCGGGUUAUUCGAGUCAAAGCAGGUUCGGGGUCAAAACAAGCAUGUAUAUUCGUUAAGGCUUUUAUAUUGUUGUAUUAAAUUGCUGCAAUAUGAUCAAA